AUAACAAGUAACAAUUACAACUGUUGUGUAAUAAUAACAUUGUAAUUUGUAUUAUUUAUUAAAAAUAUUUUAAUUCUCUAAUUUUAAAAUGGGCUUAAGUAUGUUAAAUAUUAUUUCGAAAUCAAAUUUUCGAAUACUUAGACCAAAAUUACUUGGUAACUAUGUCGGAACGACUAAGGAAUUGGGAUGCACUAGAUAUAUGAGUAACUAUUUGCGUAAAAUACCAAUUGCCACUUCUAAAAAGUAUAAUAUAGCAGUGAAUAAGGAAAUAGCUGCUGUAAAUAAACUUAUCUUAAGAUAUACACAUUCUCAAAAGAAUGAAAAUGAUGGUAAAAACGCUGAUGAUCCAAGAAAUGCUAUGAUGAUUAAAAUCAUGAUGGCAAUAUUUACUGUAUAUAUAACAGUAUAUGUUAUAAGCAUGUUAUUACCUAAUGCAUCAAAUCCUGAAGAUAUGCGCUAUGUAUCUUGGAAUGAGUUUGUACAUUUAAUGUUAGCUAAAGGUGAAGUAGAAGAAAUAAUUGCACGCCCUGAUUUAGAUAUUGUAACUGUAAGAUUAUAUGAAGGUGCUAUUAUUAAAGGACGAAAAAUUGAUCAAAGAACUUACCAUAUGAAUAUUGCAGAUUUAGAAAGAUUUGAACAAAAAUUAAGAGAAGCAGAAGCAAAAUUGGGUAUAAAACCGGGUCAUGGAGUACCUGUUGUGUAUGAUCGUUCUCUUAAUGCACCAGAAUUAAUAUUAUUUUUAUUUUUGGCUGGCCUUCUUGCUUUGGCAUACUUUGGCCGUUCAAAGGGGGGUUCAAAGUCUCCAAUCAGCUUAGAUAUGUUUUCUCAAAUAAAACGAGCAAAAUAUACAUUAAUUGACCCAUUGAUUGGACAAGGUAAAGGAGUUCGUUUUAAAGAUGUUGCCGGUCUAAAAGAAGCAAAACAAGAAGUUAUGGAAUUUGUUGAUUAUUUAAAGAGACCAGAUCAUUAUAAAAAUUUGGGUGCGAAAGUUCCCAAAGGCGCAUUACUUUUAGGACCACCUGGUUGUGGUAAAACAAUGUUAGCUAAAGCUGUUGCAACAGAAUCAAAUGUACCUUUUUUAUCUAUGAAUGGUUCUGAGUUUAUUGAAAUGAUUGGAGGGCUUGGGGCUGCUAGAGUACGAGAUUUAUUUAAAGAGGGAAGAAAAAGAUCUCCAUGUAUAAUUUAUAUUGAUGAAAUUGACGCUAUUGGUCGUAAGAGAUCUUCAAGUGGGCCAGAAGGUGGUGGUGAUGAAGGAGAACAAACAUUAAAUCAAUUAUUAGUUGAAAUGGAUGGUAUUGGAUCCAAAGAAGGAGUUUUAAUGUUAGCUUCGACAAAUAGAGCAGAUAUAUUAGAUAAGGCUCUUUUAAGACCAGGACGUUUUGAUCGUCACAUUCUAAUUGACCUUCCUACAUUAGAAGAGCGGAAAGAAAUUUUUGAACAGCAUCUAAAAAUCAAACUUGAUAAAGAGCCUAAACAUUAUUCACAAAAAAUGGCUCAUUUAACUCCUGGAUUUAGCGGAGCUGACAUAGCCAAUGUUUGCAAUGAAGCAGCAUUACAUGCUGCUAGAAAUAGCCAGAAAGUUGUAUUGGAAGCUGAUUUAGACUAUGCAGUUGAACGAGUGGUUGGAGGAACAGAAAAACGAUCUCAUGCAAUUUCACCUGACGAAAAGAAAAUUGUUGCCUACCAUGAAGCUGGACAUGCAUUAAUUGGUUGGUUGUUGCCUACUACAGAUGCUCUCCUUAAAGUCACAAUCGUACCUAGAACUAAUGCAGCUCUAGGAUUUGCUCAGUAUACACCCACAGAACGAUAUCUACUUUCAAAGCAAGCUUUAUUUGAAAAAAUGUGUUUGGGACUUGGUGGCAGAGUAGCUGAAUCAAUAGUAUUUAACAGCAUUACAACUGGAGCUCAAAACGAUUUGGAUAAAGUUACUAAAAUUGCAAACUCUCAAGUACGUCAGUAUGGUAUGAAUGAUCAAGUUGGAUUAUUGUCAUUUCCCGAAGAUACAAAAAAUAGCAUAAGGCCAUAUAGUAACAAACUUGCAGCACUCAUGGAAACUGAAGUAUCCAGAUUAGUGUCUGAUGCUUAUUUCAAAACAGAAAAACUACUAAAAGAAAACUAUAGCAAACUAGAAUUGAUUGCUGAAGAGUUGUUGAAGAAGGAAUCAAUAAAUUAUGAAGAAAUGGUAAAAUUAAUAGGUCCACCACCAAAUGGGGAAAAACGUGCUGUAGAGAUGUACGAGUUUAACUCACCUGUGGAUGCAAAAAGUACUGAUUCUUCAAAAAAUUAAUGGCUGUUUAAUAUUUUAAGUGUUUUGUUAACUGAUGUUAGUUUAAAUUUAAUUGUGUAAAAUAAUAACAAAUCUGCAAGACCAUGA